AUGGAUUUUGUUAUUGCGAUUCCUAGCUACCGGCGCGCAGGGAUGAUCGAGGCCAAGACUUUGGCACUGCUGGACAGACACGGGAUUUCGCGGGAUUGCAUCCACAUCUUCGUGGCUAAUGGCAACGAGAACAACACCUACAGGGACACAUUGGGAGAGGGGUGGAAGCAUAUCGUCACUGGCGUUCCAGGCCUGUGGCGGCAGCGCAAUUUUAUUACAGCUUAUUUCCCCGAGGGUACCUACAUCGUUUCCUUGGACGACGACGUGGAGGACAUUCUGAGACUCUACGGAGAUCCGAAUCGAAAUAGAGUUCGAAAGCCGUUGCACGCGGGGGGCCUCGUGGACAUCAUCAACGACGCCAGGAUGAAGAUGGAAGAGUAUGGCAUAAACCUGUGGUCGCUGAACACCAGCUCAAACGUCCGGGACAUGGGCCAUACCCUUACUUACAGCUGGGGGCUGUGCAACGGGUUCUUCUGGGGCUGCCUCAAUCGGAAGAGCAGCGAUCUGCGUCUGCUCCGCGGCGACGGUCACGAAGACUUCGAGAGGACUUGCCGGUUUUGGAGGCCUAGACGAUGA